UCUGCUGCGAGUUCGGGGUGGCAGCGCCCGUGGGUCGAGGGUUCUUCCGAACGGGGACGGUCCGCUGGUGUGCCGCCAUCUCCACACCUGCGGCGGGAUGCGCACGUCGGAAACCCGGGAUGCGCGGGGGCGGACAGCUCGGGGGACACCCCUGGCGCGGACAGAGGAGGUUUGGGGGAGUCGGGAUCGCUGAGCAAACAUGCCCGCGGGUAGCGCCUCCCCAUGCCGGCAGACCGGAGGAACGGAGGGAGGACGGGGUGCGUGCGGCGGGGAUCCCCCAUCCCUGCGAGCGCUCGGCUGACGGCGCUGUGUCUCUGUCCCCCUCCCCUCCCGCAGCUAGAGCAGAGCAGCCCCCUCGCCGCUGAGACGAUGGCGACCAGCCCCCUGCCCGGCCCCACCGAUAUCUUGCUGCCGUCGCCGUCCAGCGCGUACCCGCCGGACCCCAUGAACCAGCCGAGGGCAGGCCACGCCGCCAUGAAGCCCAACCAGGUGGGGCAGGUGAUCCUCUACGGCAUCCCGAUCGUCUCCCUGGUGAUCGACGGGCAGGAGCGGCUGUGCCUGGCGCAGAUCUCCAACACCCUCCUCAAAAACUUCAGCUACAACGAUCCACAACCGGCGGAUGAGAUCCACAACCGGCGCGUGGCCCUGGGCAUCACCUGCGUGCAGUGCACGCCGGUGCAGCUGGAGAUCCUGCGGCGGGCCGGGGCCAUGCCCAUCUCCUCCCGCCGCUGCGGCAUGAUCACCAAGAGAGAGGCAGAGCGGCUCUGCAAGUCCUUCUUGGGGGAGAACCGGCCCCCCAAAUUGCCGGAUAACUUCGCCUUCGACGUAUCCCACGAGUGCGCAUGGGGAUGCCGCGGGAGCUUCAUCCCGGCCCGCUACAACAGCUCCCGGGCCAAGUGCAUCAAGUGCAGCUACUGCAGCAUGUACUUCUCGCCCAACAAGUUCAUCUUCCACUCCCACCGCACCCCCGACGCCAAGUACACCCAGCCCGACGCCGCCAACUUCAACUCCUGGCGCCGCCACCUGAAGCUGACCGACAAGAGCCCCCAGGAUGAGCUGGUCUUCGCCUGGGAGGAUGUCAAGGCCAUGUUCAACGGCGGCAGCCGCAAGCGAGCCCUGCCGCCCCCCCCCCCCCCCCCCCCCCCCCCCCCCCCCCCCCCCCCCCCCCCCCCCCCCCCCCCCCCCCCCCCCCCCCCUAGCUGCAGCUUCGCCAGCGAAGAGAGCAGCGAGGAGGAGGAGGAUGAGGAGGAGGAAGACGAGCCCGAGGUGGACGUCGAGGGGCACAAGCCCCCCGAGGAGGAGGAAGAGGAUGAGGAGGAGGAGGGCGAGAAGCCGGGGGAUGACAUGGCCCACCACGGCCGCUUUGCACCCGCCCGGGGGCUGCCGGAGAAGGGCGGCCGGGAGCGCCCCACCGCUGGCCCCUUCCCCCGUCCGCCCGUCGAGGAGAAGCCGGGGGAUGGUCAAGCCCCAGCGCAGCCGCCUGCUGGGGCCCCGCGGGCGGGCAGCGGCGGCAGCAGCCCGGCACAUCACCCGGCGCCUGAGGAGCAGCCCCUCUACAAGGAUAAUCAGAAGAGCAAGGAGGGUAAUCAGGUCAUCCUGCCUACGAAAGAGGACACCUUCUCAGAUAAGAACAAGGAGCAUAAUUUUUUCAUCACAGAUUCAGAGCCUUCAGGAGGAGACUUCUGGAGAGAUAUAGCAGGAGAACACACACAAGAAACCAAUUCACCUCAUUCUCUGAAGAAGGAUGUGGAAAAUAUGGGGAAAGAGGAACUCCAGAAGGUUCUGUUUGAGCAGAUCGACCUACGGAGGAGGCUGGAACAGGAAUUCCAGGUGUUGAAAGGAAACGCGUCUUUCCCAGUCUUCAACAAUUUUCAAGAUCAGAUGAAGCGGGAACUGGCGUACAGAGAAGAAAUGGUGCAACAGCUACAAAUCAUUCCCUAUGCAGCAAGCUUGAUCAGGAAAGAAAAGCUCGGUGCACACCUCAGCAAAAGCUAAAGAAGCACAGGAGCUUUUGCAGCUGUUACCUUAUAAGUUAUAACCCAGUCAGAAACCUGACUUGUAUAUAGACUGUGAAAUGGAAGUGUUUGGGGAUCUAAAUAAAAAAAAAAUCAGGUUCCUCUGAACCUAAGGACAAGUGACCUCAUAGUAUCAUGGACAACCAUGUCAAAUAGAAUGU